UGCUUACUCAGAGGCACCUCCCCCCUCAGUGUAAGCAGCAUAGAGGAAGUUUGAUCCAAUCCAUGCUUUCUGGUCAGGUAAAUAAUGGAGGUUCUACUGCUGUAAACUGACAACAUGCGGACAGCCUUCUAUUUAACGCUCGAGUCGUGACGUCUGUACGGGGACGUAUGGAGACAGUCGGUGUGGACAACUGGAGAAGACGCACGAGGAGCGCGCGAGCCGAGGAGCGCCGCGUGCUGCGGAGUGUGAGCGUGGGAAACACGGAAGGAGACCAUGACAUGGAGGAGCAGGAGCUCAACGGCCUCUUCAAACGGGACGGUGCGGAGGAGCGGAGGGCCGCGGCGGCGCCCCGCUACAGCCUGCUGCGGGAGGUGGGCCGAGGCACGUACGGCGUGGUGUACGAAGCGGUGGCCCGGAGGUCCGGCGCUAAAGUGGCCGUGAAGAAGCUGCGCUGCGACGCGCCUGAGAACGUGGAGCUGGCCCUGCAGGAGUUCUGGGCGCUGACCAGCCUGGAGAAACGGCACCAGAACGUGGUUCAGCUGGAGGAGUGCGUGCUGCAGAGGAACGGAAUGGCCCAGAAAAUGAGCCACGGCAACAAGCUGUCCAAACAGUACCUUCGCCUGGUCGAGACCUCGCUCAAAGGUAAGCUAACGGCUCCUGAGCUAACCGCUUUCACUUUUGACCCCUGCAGUACCUUGUUACCUCUGUUUGUCAUGGAGUUCUGUGAAGGUGGUGACCUCAACCAGUUCAUUCUGUCCCGGCGGCCUGACCCUCAAACAAACAGCAGUUUUAUGCUCCAGUUGACCAGUGCUGUCGCCUUCUUGCAUGAAAACAACAUUGUCCACAGAGACCUCAAACCAGAUAACAUCCUCAUCUCUGAGAAGUCGGGGACUCCUAUCCUCAAGGUGGCAGACUUUGGCCUGAGUAAAGUUUGUGCCGGACUAAGCUAUGCGUGUGAUGGCAAGGAAGUGGAGGAAAAGUACAAAAAUGUAAACGUUAACAAGUUCUGGUUGUCAUCAGCGUGUGGCUCGGACUUCUAUAUGGCACCUGAAGUGUGGGAGGGUCAUUACACAGCCACUGAUAUAUUUGCUUUAGGCAUCAUCAUCUGGGCCAUGCUUGAGAGAAUUACAUUCAUUGAUGCCGAGUCAAAGCGGGAGCUGCUGGGAACAUAUGUGAGACAGGGAGCGGACAUUGUGCCUGUGGGCGAGGCACUUCUAGAGAAUCCAAAAAUGGUACUGAAUAUUCCACAGAAACGAAGAUCAGGUAUGUCCGAUGGCGUGAAGAAACUGCUGCGGGACAUGCUUUCUGUCAACCCUCAGGACCGACCAGAUGCUUUUGAGCUGCAAGCUCGAAUGGACCAGGUUAUGUGUGUUGCAUGACCUCCCCCCUCCCCCCCCACUACAUUAUCCAGGCCUGACCUGGAGCUGCUACAUUAGCGGGCCUCCCCACUCCUCUCCUGAAGGCUGUGAGACAAAGUAAAAGCAAAAAGAAGCAUUUACUCCUUUGUCACUGGGACAUUUUCUGAUCUUGUUUACAAUGUAGUUCUCUGCCAUUGUUGCUGGAGAAUGUUCAUCCUACCCUUAAAUUGAACACUGCUUGGCUCAUGUAGGUCUGAAGAAAGUCCCACUACUAUUAAUACUGGAAUAACCUUGCUGAUAGUUCAUGAUUCCUGUAGUUUAAAAUGGGACUGACCCUCCCUGGGAAUGGCUCGGCCUGUGUAGAACGUGUUAACAUGCCAGGUCAGGGACAUAGUGGUGUGUGUGUCCGCUGGCCGUGUUGCUCAGAUUUAAUUAAAACACUGUGAUGUUUGAAAACACGCUGCUACUGGAGAAAAUUUGCUUCCAUUGUCGCAGCAUUGGUGAAGUCUGGUUGUAUGUCCAAGUGUUUUGACACAGAUUUAAUUUUUUUUUUAUGUUCUAGACAUCAGUUCUCCAGCAACCACCAGUGUCACAUGUCUCCCUUGAAAUUUGUAGUAAUGAGGGCCAACAUCAUCAUCGCUCUCUUCUGGUUUGGGAUAUGAAUGUUUGAAUGUCUCUUCUGGCUUACACCAAGACGUGGUCUCUGAAAUAGUGGGAAAGACAAAAAGAUCACCUAAAACCUUCCUAGUGCAAGACCACUCUUAUUGUGAAAUAAUAGGGUUUGGGGGGGGGGGGGGGGGGGGUUGCACAUUUGACACGUUUUAUUAAAUUUGCAAAACUGUCUAGCUUCUGCAGGCUUUUGGUACUGAGCUAUGCAAUGAGCUACCUGGGUCUCACUAAAAAUUAAGUGGUUGUGUUGUUUUGAGGUUUGUGUUGGACUUACUGAAUGAAGGGUGUUUGUAGUUGUCUUGUUUUUAAUAUUUGUCUUUGGACCAUAACUAGACAUUCUUCAAAUUACGUUUUUUUUUUUUUUGUUUUUUUUUUUUUUUAACUGACUUUAAAUGUGACAAUUAUUGGACACUUCCAUCUGAAUUCUUUGUACUAUGUUUUGAAGUGUUGUUUGUGUUUCUCCAGUGUGGUAGUGAAAUUGUUUGGUGUAAAUGUUUGUCGAUAAUAACUAUUCAGAAUUAACGGCAACCCUUCUAAAACAGUUAUUGAUGGAAAAAAGUGUUUGACUUAGUUUGAAGUUCAACUUGGUUGCAUUAUAAGAACCGUGCCCCGAUUGCUGUUUUUGUUUUACUUUUCUGUGGACCAUUUGAGUAAUAUCAUCUGUAUAAAAUGCUAUGAGAGAUUUGGAUUAUCUGUGGCUUAUAGCCCCAGAUAAUGCCGAAGAGUUAAUUAUAUUCCAGUUACUUACAACUUUUUUCCCUUCUCUUUCAAGUGUUUGUAAUGUCAGUCGAAAGCCUUUGAAUUGGGACUCGUGCCUGUGGUAGAAAACUGAAUGUGAAACAUACUAUGGAGUUUUGAAGUAUUGUGAAACUCUGGGUAUCUUACGCUGCGACCCAAAGGUUUUAUGUGUGUAUGUUACAGCAGCACUCAUGGAGACUCAUUCCUCCACAAAGGGCUAACAGUCUUCUACUCUGGAUCUCAAGCUGAAAUCCAGAGCAAAUUUUAUUGAACAAUCAGUAUUGCGCCACAUGUGCUGUAGAGUUGCAAUUAAUAUACAUAUGUUAAUGUAAUUUAGGUGGAUUUCUCACAAUGUUAAAAUGGUAAUUAUCUCUUAUAUCUACAUCCAGAUCACCACACAAAUUUAACAGGUUUUUCCCUUUUAAUGAUCAAUAUUUCCAACAUGUCUAUGAAAUAUCGGAGCUAAGCAGAGGAAAGGUUUAUCACCUGGUUAACUGACGGGACACUCGCUUAUUCUGAUAUAUCCCUGUUGCUAUAAUUUUACUACCUCGUAGCGCUGCAUUUAUCCCCUUCCUUAACUGAGCCAAUGUUGUCUUCAUCAAAGAUGGACUUUACUCUGACAUUCCACAGAGAUGAACUCCACAGAGGUUUUUGUUUGUGAUCACAGCAUUUGUGGUACAUGCAUUUGCCCAUUUUGUUAUGUGGGGUUAAAGUAUUGAAUGUUUAAAGCAACAGAGGGAUUUGAAUGAGGUUUCUUAAAUUAUUGGUGUCUGUUUACAUGUGUGUACAAUUUUAAAUGUCUGUAAUUUGGCUCGACACAAGUCAUGAUGGACCUAGGUUAAUGUUUGAGUUGUACCGUUUCCUACUUUUGUGACAAUUUGUGCGGGGUAGAAAUCAAAACAAAAGACGAGGUAAUGACAGACCAACUUGAGAUAAUGGACUGGCUUUGUUAACCCCUUCCACAUACACUGUUGUGAAAUCCCAAAAGGUAUUCUUCUGAGCAAUGUAUUAGUUUCCCUUUGAAUUCAAAGAAUGUAUUUUACUAUUUAAAGAGAUUGAAGCAGUAUCCCAAUGUUUUUGUUGUCUGGUCCAUUGUUGCCUCUAGUUGGUUUCCUUUGGUGUUGGGAAUACUGGCAUUCCAUCUGUUAGUUGUGGUUUAAAACAAACUUAUUAGUGUGUGCGCCAGCACCAUGUUUGGUUAAUUUAAUUAAAGGAUCACUUUAUUUGAUGUUUUAACACUUCUAUGCAACUUUGUCUCGCUGGAUAGACACGUGCAAUUAAAUGAUGCAGUCAUUUUAACUCUCAGCUUGUCAUCAUAAUAGGAGCUAGUCCAUAAUUAGGCCUCUGUGGGUUGUAGGUAUGGGUUUUUUUCUUUCUUUUUUUUGUUUCGACAAUUCUUGGUUGUUUGUUUUGAAAGAUAUUUGCUUGAAUUCAAGUUUUCACAUUGUUGCCCGACUUUGUACAUAUUGGAGAUCUGUUUUCAAUAAUCUUUGAAAUGAU